AUGACUGAUCUUAUAAACGCAGCACCAAAGGUGCUGAAUGUCGACCAAUUACCAACAAGAGAAGGCAAAGAAGAUAGAAUAGAGCAGUCUGGAUAUUUACCAGGCUUAUUGUCUCUAUCUGUAUUCAAUGUGCCCUUUACAGAAAAAUCAUCCCCUGGUUCAACUCCAGCUUUAUCUGACUCAUCAUUACAAUCAGAUGAUGAAGAAUUUGAGUCUGUCGAUGCUUUGGAGAUAUACGACUUAAUUUCCUCGAUUUCAGAUCCUGAACAUCCUUUGACUUUAGGACAACUAGCCGUAGUCAAUUUAGAAGACAUACAACUUGAUGACUCGGGAAAUCCAAAUGAAAUUGCAGAAGUUAUAAUCAAAAUAACUCCUACAAUCACUCAUUGCUCCUUGGCCACGCUAAUUGGCUUAGGGAUAAGAGUUCGUUUAGAAAGAUGUCUGCCUCCGAGGUACCGUAUAAUCAUUAAGGUAAAGGAAAAGACGCACCAAAGUGAAAAUCAAGUGAACAAACAACUUAAUGACAAAGAGCGUGUAAGCGCUGCAUGUGAAAAUGAUCAGCUUUUGAAAGUGAUCAGCCAGAUGCUUUCCUCCUGUAAGUAG